AGAAUGAAUAGCAAAUGCGUUAGGUGAUUUGACUCGAGUGUUUUCCCUCUCCGAGGGAUAAAAAAAGGAAAGAAAAAGAAAAAGAGAGAAAGAAAUCAGUAGAAAUUAUUUUAUUAUAUUUUAGACAUAUGAUUAUGAUGAUUCUGAUGAGGAGAAACUGCAGCUCAAGCAGGGGAGAGGGAUAACAUUGUUUGACUCUCCUGGAUAAUGGAUGCUAUAAGCCAAAACCACAUAUAACCGAAGAAAGGUGAGCCUCCUGUUGGAUCGGCACAAGCACGGCAACGGUUUCUCCAUGUAGAAGAAAUCAAGAAGACGACAUCAGAUAAAGCUUCAAUUCGAAGGCGUCAUUGGUGAAAGAUGAAACUCACUCAUUCGGAAUGCUUUAUGUAUUUCGCAAAACCACCUGCUAUUGAUUAUAUGCGACCCCGACUGAGCUACUCCUUUACCAGAAAAGUCUGCGUUUCUGCAAUGAAACUCAACGAGGACAAUGACCCAUUAUUCCUCGCUGCCAGCAAUUCUGCUUCUCUUCGUUACCAGGAAUCGCAUCGACCACACCCUCUGUUUGUGGACCCGUAUGCCGAUUGUCUUGUGCCUCCAAAUACUUCGAAGGAUGCAGACCAAGACUCUCACCCUUAUUGUCUUGCAACUAAAUUCAUUGAUGAUAAGCUACUUUGGACUGUUAGCCAUAUUGAUGGACUUAAACAGGUAGUUUUGUUGACUGAUGGUAUGGAUACACGGCCGUACAGACUUAGUUGGCCUCCUUCAACCAGGCUAUUCGACAUAUCGCCAGAAAGAGUAUUCCAAACAGCAGCUGAGAAGCUUGAAGGUGUUGGGGCUAAGAUUCCUAGAAGUUGCUUAUACUUGCAUGUACCAAUGGAAUCAUCAGAUUUAAAGCAAAGUUUGCAUUCCAAGGGCUUUAAUGGCAGCAGGCCAAGCGUGUGGAUCAUGCAGGGGUUUCCUAUAAUGACAUUGGCAAAUUUUGAAGACGUUUUGUCAAUGGUAAGCAGUUUGGCCAUGAAGGGAUGCUUAUUUGUAGGAGAGUUGCCUGGCUGGUUAGCUGAGACAGGAACAGGAACCAAGGCAGAGUUCAGCACUUGGCAAUGGAUGGAUAGACUGUUCAUGAGCAAUGGCUUUCGGGUGGAAUUGAUUAGUGACGAAGAAAUUGCAGAAAAUGCAGGCAAGGAAUUUGCUCCAAGACGCUCCACUAAUAUGCUGUUUGUGGCAGAACAGCUACGGUUUUCUGAUGAUCAGAUGGAAACAUGGAGAAGAGAAUUUCAAAGGGUGGAAGAUGAAGGGGAUGAAGAAGGUUUUGAAGAGCUGUAGCACUUGUAUUUUCAACCCAGGCAGACAAGUCCAAGGUCCAAAAAAAAAAAAAACAUAUCCCUGCCUCCGUUUAUGAAAACCCUGAGUUCUUCCUUUUUUUUGGCCUUCUAGAUUUAUUCCCUUAAUGUUACGGAUUUGUGCACUUUUAUGAUAAAAUGAAACCAAAUAUAUCUUUUCGUUGGAUGAUAAUAGCUUAGAAGUUUGUUUUAUUA